AUGGCUGGAGACGAUACUGGAUCAAACGUUGGAUUGAAGGGGAAGGUUGCUACUGAACCUACCAUCGAAUCACCACUGGCUCACCCUUCGGACAAGUUGAAUAUUACAUUCCCAGACACCUUUCAUGGGGAUCGCAAGAAGCUUAAGAGCUUCUUGAUCCAGACGGAGCUAUGGAUGGCGUUUAAUGCCAAACACUUCAACAAAGAAGUGGAACAGAUCCUAUGGGCUGUGCCACUCUUUCGAGGACCAGCCUCAGAAUGGAUCUCCAACUACCUCGCUGACUACAUGAACCAUCGAACACCAGACGAAAAAUGCAACACCUCAACUAGCCAAGGAACAAAGGAAAUUUUUGUAUCCUGGAACAGAUUCCUCAAAACGCUCAAGGCUCUCAAAACCCGCGGUGUUGAGAUGCUGCGUCGUGGUCUGAAAUCUUUGGACGAAUUGGAUGAAGCAGAGGAGAAGGAGUCUAGGGAGGCAGAGGUCAAAGGAACUCUUUUGCACAGCCCUUCUACUGCCGUUUCCGAGGGCGUAGCCUCUGAGCAGGACCUUUUGGCAGUCCUGUCUCCUGACUUCUUUGAACGUUGGGGUGCCGACGGUGAAACGCCUCCAGCAAUUCUGGACAGCUAA